CUGCUGACCUUCGUAACUUAGACUGACUCGACGAGCUUAGCUGGAUCGGUCAGAAGAGACCUUGGAUAAACGCUCGACAGCUCUAGCUACCUCUCCUUGACUCCUCCUACUCCUCAUCACCCCGGUCCACCUAGAGCAGCAGCAGGAGAGGCAGCAGCGCCUCUAGCAGCAGCAGCAAAUAUGGCCACGCCCAUGUCCGCCCCGGACUCGGCCAUCCUCCUUCAUCAACCAAGCCUGGAUGCCAAUCUCCUCGCCUCUACCUCUGCCCACUCUGGAAGGAGCAUCGAGGAGCUCUACGACGUUAAGCUGACGGUGGAGAGAUUGUGCUUUGCGGAGGACAGCCCCGAUCAGGAAGAGCGGGUUAGUGGGUCGCCUAGAAUCAAGAGGACGGGGAAGUUCAGAUUCGAGAGAGUAGCUCUGCAGUUCCCCGAUGAGAUCCUGCCGGACUCUGUGCCCAUCUAUUGGGCAUUAAAGAAGGAGGUGCAGACCCGCUUAGAGGAGAUGCGGCAGCUGCGCCGGGAGAGGGCGGAGCAGGAACAGGAGGGGGGAGCAGGCCCUGCACAAGGCUCAGACGAGGUGAUACCGGACUUUUAUAUCUUGGCGGAUACGAGCUAUGGCAACUGCUGUGUGGACGAAGUGGCAGCGCAGCACGUAGAGGCGGACGUAGUGGUGCACUACGGCCACGCCUGCCUUAGUCCCACCGCACGGCUACCAGUCAUCUACGUCUUCCCCAAACAGAGCGUUCAGGUGGAGAAGGCCGCCUCUGCCCUCGCUACGAGCGCCAUUCAGGCCCUCGGGAAAUUUCAGGCCAGCGAAAAUCAAUCGGAGGCAGAAGGAUCGCAGCAAAGGCGCAAGGCAAUUCUCUUCUCGUACGAUGUGGGCUAUGCACACAUUGCAGAGGAAGUCUUUGAUCGGUUGCAGGUGGAGUUGCAGCAGGCUAGCUCGUCUUCCUCUUCAUUGAAGGUGGAGUUGCCGCCCCUUGUCAUGACUCGCCUGGAUACUGCGAGGAACUUUGAGGACCGGCUGAGAGGGCCUGCCGGCAAGUCAGAAAGCAACGGACACGCAUGUGGAAAGCAAGAUGCUUGUUGUCAAGGGACAGAAGCACCACGGUCGAAUGACGCCUGCGCUUGCAAAACAGAACAGAAGAAUGACAGCCAUUGCAACGGCUCAUCCUGCUGCUCAACCAUGCCACCGCUACCGCCCAUGCAGUCACAAACGUCAGCAGAUGCAGCGUCUUUAGCAGGCACAGACGGCUCUGGGCGUCUCUACCAUCUGCCGCCAGGUUGCUCCAUCUCAGAUACGCUCAUCUGCUAUCUGGGUGGCGAGUCUCUCGCUCUCACGAACCUCCUACUACGGGCAGGUCCCGCUACACCCGUCGUCUCCUACGACCCUUUCAACCCUUCUCCUGGCGCACGCCGUGAGGAUGGGCGCACCAACCGUCUUUUGAUGCGUCGCUACGCCGCCGUGCAAAAGGCUCGAGACGCAAGCGUCAUCGGUCUCCUCGUUGGCACGCUAGGCGUGCAGUCCUACCUGCCUCUGCUCAGCCAUCUUCGUCACCUCCUGACGGGUCGCCGACCAGGAGAAGCCAAGUCUGCCGUCUCCACCUCUUCUACUUCAGCAGGAAGGAGGAGUGCACGAAAAGUGUACACCAUCUCCGUCGGCAAGCUUUCCCCUGCUAAACUUGCCAACUUUCAAGAAGUAGAACUCUUUGUCCUCCUGGCUUGUCCAGAGAAUUCACUCGUGGACGCAGUCGACCCAACGGGGUUGCGGUCAAAGGAGUUUUAUAGGCCGAUUGUGACGCCAUUUGAGAUGAUGCUGGCACUUGAUGAGUCUCGGAGCUGGACGGGAGAGUAUGUGCUCGACAUGGAGAGGUUGAUCAAUCAGAGGGGAGAAAGCGGGAGUGCGGAUCAAGGAGAGGGGAUCGAAGAAGGCGAAGAAGACGACGAUCGCCCACACUUCUCCCUCGUCACAGGCGGUUACGUCACUCGCCGGCGCUUCGACGCCGAGGAAGAAAACGACGAUGACGAAGGAAACGACGCUGCCGCUCUUGCACACACGGGCGCAGUGGUGGUUCGUUCUGCAAGUGGAGAGGUGACACGAGUGUUGGACUCGGCCAAUGCCAUGCACCUUGCUACGCGCUCCUGGAAGGGAUUAGAGCAGCGCUUGGGUAUGGACGAGCCUUCGAGGUUGGAAGAGGGGAGAGAAGGAAUUGCGAGAGGGUAUAGGGAUGCGGAUGGGCGGAAGAGAGGUGAGGAGGCGAGGUGAGGUAUGGCGCUCGUCUGGAGUAGUCGUCGAAUACCAUUGACCGUCACUCGACGGACCCCUGUGAUGUGCCAAAAGCUGUCAAGACUGCUGUGAUUGCUCAUGUCCCCUGAUCCCUACUUUCCCUC